AAUGAGAAAGAGCCACAUCUCCUUUGUUAAAAAUAUCAAAAUCAUUAUUUAGGGAUCUCUUAAGCUUUUUUUGCGUUUUAAGUUAUGGCCUUUUCGCUUCCUCUUCCUCUUGCUACUGCUAUCUUCAACUCCUUUCUCUUAUGUCUUCUCCUGCUGUUCAACUUAUCUUGUGCAACUUUUUAUCAAGAAAACCCUAAGUACAUGUACCCAUUCAUCAAAGAGGCAAGUACAUUCGGAUCAUCAUCAACAGCAUCAUCACUAGGAGGCUCAUUCGCAUCAUAUGGUGGAAAAUCAGCUUAUGAUUACAUCAUAAUAGGAGGUGGAACAGCAGGUUGCCCCUUAGCAGCCACUCUUUCACAAGAGUAUAGUGUACUACUAUUAGAAAGAGGAGGGGUGCCCUUUGAUAAUUUUAAUGUGACUUUCAUGGAGAAUUUUCACAUAUCUUUGGCUGAUACCUCAACAACCUCUGCUGCUCAACAGUUUACUUCUACGGAUCGUGUUAUGAAUGCAAGGGCUAGAGUUUUAGGUGGUGGCACUUGCAUUAAUGCUGGCUACUACUCUAGGGCUAGCCACAGCUUUGUGAAGAAGGUAGGUUGGAAUCCAGAACUGGUAAAUGAAGCUUACCUUUGGGUGGAGAACCAAAUUGUGCAUGCACCAAAGCUUGCACCAUGGCAAGCAGCAGUGAGGGAUGCUCUUUUGGAUGUUGGAGUGUCACCAUUCAAUGGAUUCACCUUUGAUCACAAGUAUGGAACCAAGAUUAGUGGCUCCACUUUCGACGAAUAUGGUCGCCGCCACACUGCGGCUGAGCUCUUGGCUUCCGCCAACCCCGAUAACCUCGACAUCUUCGUCCUUGCCACUGUUCAGAAGAUCGCAUUUGAUACUCAAGGAGAAAGACCAAAAGCAGUAGGAGUAAUCUUCAAGGAUGAAUAUGGAAAACAACAUAAAGCAUUUCUAUCAGAAAGGAUAGAAAGUGAGGUAAUCUUGUCAAGUGGAUCAAUUGGGAGCCCUCAGUUGCUUCUCCUAAGUGGUAUAGGACCAAAGGAAGAUCUUAAAAACAAGAACAUUCCUGUAGUCCUAGACAACCAGUUUGUAGGAAGAGAUGUGCAAGAUAAUCCUCUCAACACCAUAUAUGUGCCUUUCAAAAGGCAUCUAACUCAGUCUUUGCUUCAAACUGUUGGGAUAACCAAGCUCGGCGUCUACAUCGAAGCUAGCAAUGGGUUUGGUCAGUCCAGCAAUAGCAUCAAGCGACACCAUGGUCUCGUCUCAGCUGAGAUUGGACAGCUAUCUACAAUUCCUCCGGAGGAAAGAACAGAAGAAGCGAUCCAAGCAUACCGAGAAAUGAAGCAAGACUUACCGUUUGAGGCUUUCAUGGGGGGGUUUAUCCUAGGAAAGGUAGCAAAACCCAAGUCCACAGGACAUCUGAAGCUGAACACCACUAAUAUUGACGAUAAUCCAGAAGUCACCUACAAUUACUUCAGCCACCCACAGGAUCUGAGGAAAUGUGUUAAAAGUAUACAGUUGAUAGAGAAGAUAGUCAAAUCCAAACGCCUCCGUUACUUCAUAAAUUCUGAUAAUCUAACAAUAGAAAAAUUGCUAAAUAUGAGUGUUCAGGCUAAUGUUAACCUCAUUCCUAAGCACACUAAUGACAUUCAAUCCCUAGAGCAGUUCUGCAAAGACACUGUGAUCACUAUGUGGCAUUUUCAUGGAGGGUGUCACAUGGACAAGGUGGUGGGACGCGACUAUCAAGUUUUUGGGGUGGAUGGCCUUCGUGUUAUCGACGGAUCUACCUUUGAUGAAUCCCCAGGAACUAACCCUCAAGCUACUGUGAUGAUGAUGGGAAGGUACAUGGGGGUGAAGAUCUUGAUGGAAAGACAUGGCGAAAGGAGCUAAUGUAUAGAAGCGAAUUCUAAGAUAUUAGUCAAUAAGUACUAUUCAUGUAUACAAUACUAUCUCCAGUUUGAUUACAGGAUCUCCUUUUCUUUACUUUUUUCCUACAUAUAUCAAAGAGAAAUUCUUUAGUCCUCUUCUUUGUUCCUUUGCCACUUGAUAUUUGUGCUUUGUUUUGCUUUUACUGAAGAAACUAUAUACCCCUUUUGCUAAAGUCUCAAGAUAACCUUCAUUUGUUCUCCUUAGAUCCUUUUCGGGUCCUACGAAGGUGCAUCCUCGUCACCUUAAAGAAAUAAUUAAAAUAGGUUUAGACUUCAAAUGAGGUGAAGAUAACGCACCGAAGUCUAAUUUUCACUAGUCACUUCUCUAUGUUCUCCUUGUUUUCUAAAUUGUGGAUAUAGUAAGAGAGAAAACAAGACUUCAGGUGGUGGAGAAGAAGAUUGAAACGAUAUAUCAGAUUAUCUCUGACAUGAACUACAUUACGUACUCCAUCGUUAAUUCUAUACAUACCUAGAAAGGACUCAUAUUGCUACAUGAAGUAGAUUGAAAGUGAAACCAAUUAAGUGCUGAAGGAGAAGCCAACAUCCAUAUCGAGUAAAACCAUCAAGGACUUAUCUACCAACUUAUCCCUCAUCAAAGGAUGUAUCACCUUACGCAGAUGAUGUGAUUUAGAUGCUGAAAUGGUGAAGAGCUUGAUUUCUACGUCAUCAAGGAUUCGAAAAGCUGAUGAUCUGAGAGAUAUCAAGGACGUUUUUACAGUACCUCCAUGUACAAGAUAACCCUACAGUAGAAAGGUCCAAGCAUUACCCCAAUUCUCAACACCACAGAAAUUCUAUCUGAACUCAGUUCCAUCUGACAACUUGACGAAACAUGCAUAAGGCGUAUUUAUAUCAGCAAUGUCCAAAAUCCAAAGCAGGUUGCUAAUAUGCUGCAUGGACAAAGAUAACGAAAUCCAAACUAAUACCCAAACUUCAUAUUCUCACUUGUAAAUUACAAUGCUUUUCAGCUUAUUUCUAUUGAUGGAAGCUGAUGAAAUGCUGAUUCUUUGGGUUUACUUGACUCAAUGGGAUCCUUGCCAGAGAUAUUCCUUCAUG